AUGGGCUGUGGUUUUACAAAGGCCUUCACCGGCGACGAUGCCGAGAAUGAAGAGGGCGAUCAGGAAGGAAAGGGAGAAGGCAAAGACGUCGGCGGCAAAGAGGGCGUCGACGGGGGCAAAGGCGCCGACGGAGAGAAGGACCUCUUUCCUGGCGGGAAGGCCUUUCCAGUGACGGACGAUGCCAAGUUUGAGGACGAUGACGAUGAGGAGCAGGACCCGAAUGCAGGAGGCCCCGCUGAUGCUGGCAAGGAGAAUGGAGGGAUGCAGGGCGAGGAAGCUGAUGGCGGAGAGGGCGGAAUGGAUGGACAGCAGCAGAAUAAAGUUGGAGGAAUGGCCGUCAACGGAGACAGCACCGGCGGCCAGAGCAAAAGAGGGGGCCCUGCGCCGACGAUGCGAAAGUUCGUUUCGGUGACCAGCAAGGGCAGGGGCGGCAAACAGCUCUCACUGGCAAAGACGGUCAAGGUGGGCAAGAACAAGGGCAGCAAGAGCAAGCCCACCGUCUUGAAGAAGUCAAAGUCCAAGGGGGCGAAGAAGGGGGCCGCUGCCGGCACGACGUCACCACUCGGCGGCAAGGUCUCACUCUCGCGGAAGGCCUCCUCGGCCAAGUCGGCGAAGAAGGCCAAGAAGAAGAGCUCCUCGAAGCUGAAGAAGUCAAAGAAGAGCAAGAAGUCCGCGGGGCGGAAGAAGAGCUCCGGAACUGCGGGCAAAAAGUCCGCCGGUGCUGGUGGAAAGAAGAAGAGCAAGAGCAAGGGCGCCAAGUCGAGCAAGCCUUAG